AAUGAUAAUAGAUUUUUACCAAAUAUAGAAAUAUUGCCAUUAUUAUGAAACAAACCUAAAAAGAAAAUGUUGUGAUUAUUAUAAAACGAAGGUAUGAAGUUCAAUUUUUUUUAUUUUUUUUUAUUUUUUUUAUUUGGAAAAUUUUACAUGGUGCGCGUCAAGGUUUCAAUUUUUCUACGUGGAAGACGAAUUUGUUUCCAACUUUCUUAAGUGACACCCAAAUUUUGAAAAAUCAAGCAUAGUGGCCUUUUCUAAGUUUAAUGGCUAACUUUUUUUUUUAUUUUUUGGUUAAAAACCACCACUCAACCAUCCACCUAGCCACCAGCGAACUACACUGCUGCCUGUUGUCGGCGCUCCCAGAUCUCUUCCCCCGGUGCCAUCUUGACCUCCCUCUCUUCCCCUUCCCUAACCACUGUAACCUGACCCUAACUAGGCGAAUCUCGUAACCAAAAGUCCCAACCUCCACCCUUCGAAAAACCCAAUAAUUCGUUGGAAAAAUCCGGUCGCCCCUCCUUUACACCUCGAUAAGGUCGAAGUUAUGGGUUUGUGUGUGUGGGGAGGGGCAACCGGAAUUUUCCAUCUUCUUUUUGGGGUUUUUGAUUGAUGGGUGUUAGGAUUACGAAAUUGGUUAGGGAAAGGGAAGGGAGGGAGGUCGGGGAGGUGCCGACGCCGAGGGAGAGGGUUUUGGGUGCGCCGGCGCGGGGGAGGGGGUUGUGGCGCGUCAAGGGCAGUGAGUACAUCAGGUGUCGGCUACCGUGGGUGGCUUUGCUGGUGGUAUUCUUUCUUUCUUUCUUUUUUUUUUUAAAAAUUUUUAAUUUUUAAAUUUUUUUUAAUUUUAACCAAAAACUAUAAAAGUUAGCCAAAAAAUCAAAAAAUGGGCACAAUGAUUAAUUUUUAAAAACCUUGAUGCCACUUAAGAUAGUUGGAAAUAUAAAAAAGUUCUUCCACCUAGAAAAAUGAAAUCCUUAAACCUACCAUGUAUAAUUUUCCUUUUUAUUAUUUUUUUUUUAAAAACAAUAUAUCCCAUAAAAUAAACCAUUUAUAAAAAGUACAGUAAAAUAAAAUAAAGUGUACUCUUUACUUGCAAAUGUCAUCACAGUUUAGAUUCUACUCAACUAAAUUUUCACUACCAUGCGCCCCAUGUCUUUCCCCUCUCUCCGCCCAACCUCACCACAAAUCUCAACCCCCCAACUUUACAAAAAAAUUGACUCAUAUUUUUUUCCUUUUUCACCGGAAAAAAAUCACUCAUUCUAAGAAAAAAAACAAAAAUAACUAAACCAUCCCUAAAAAAAAAAAAAAAAUUAAUUAAUUCUCUGAAUUUUAUUUUGGGUAAUCUAAAAUGAAAUCAAGUUGGGAAUUUAUCACAAAAUCACGUGCGGAUCGGUGCAAUUAAUGCUAAUAUAUCCUUAUUUUUUCUUUAUUUAGCUUUUUAUAUGAGAGAUUGUUAUAUAUUCCUAGGUGUACCGUACACCGACUAACCCUAAGGUUGAUUUUUGUUUUUAAUUUGAUGAUUAGUUAAAAAAACAAUCAUCAAAAUGAGAACAAAAUAUUUAUGGGUAUACGGUGCAACCGGGUGUAUAUAACAAAUUCCACUUAUACACGGAGUCACAGAGUAUAUAUUUAUCAUUUUCCUUUUAUUUUUAUUAAAUUUUCUUUAAAAAAAAAACCACCUUCCUUGUGAAUAAUCUCACCCCAAAAAAGCCACUACCUUGACCCAUCACCCCACCUCCAUUUGUUACACUAACAUGCGCCAUCACCCUCCUCACCUUCACCCCAACCCACACCCCAUUUUCUCUCUGCUCACUUCCAUCCCCACCACCAUUACAACCAUGCCUCCUUCUUCCUCCUCUUCUCCUCUAUCCAAACCCCGCAAACCAUCUUCCUCUUCCUCCACCUCCUCCGCCGUCAACCACCACUCCUCCACCCUCUUCUGCCGGCACCACUCCCCCUCCGCCACCGCCACCCUCGAUCUCCUCAUCCUCAUCCUCGUCCUCUUCUCCGGCACCUUCCUCCUCACUUCCUACUUCUCCUACAUCUUUAACUCCCUUUCUCUCCUCCUUCCUCCCCUCUUCAUCUCCCACUCUUCUCUCCUCCACCAAUUCCCCCUCAUUUACCUUCUGGGUUUUCUCCUUUCUUUCGCACUCGUUGCUGUUUCCUUCGAGAUUUGCUGUUGCGGGGGAUUUGGGUUUGGGUUUCGAUCUCGCAAAUGUCAUAACCCUAAGUGUAAAGGGUUGAAGAAGGCUCUGGAAUUUGAUUUGCAGUUGCAGACUGAGGAUUGCUUGAAAUCGGGGACGAAUGAUAUUGAUAAAUUGCCGUGGAAAGGUGGGACUGAGUCUAAUCCUGAUUAUGAGUGUCUUAGAGCUGAGUUGAGGAAGAUGGCACCGCCUAAUGGUCGUGCUGUUCUUCUUUUUCGUGCUAAAUGUGGGUGCCCGAUUGCCAAAUUGAUCGGUUGGGGACCUAAGAAAGGACGGAAGCAUAAAAAGGCUUUAUCUAAUUUAACAGCCAAUGGAGAUCAGCACUGAUGGCUCGUAAGAUGGCUGUGGCCUGUGGCUGUGCUGAUACAUAGUUGAUAUAAUCCUUUCGUGCUACUAAAUCAGCUGAUUUGCCAUUUCCAUGGAAGUUGGAUGUUGGAGGACCAAACAUCUAAUUGAAACUGGCAGAGGGCAGCCUUCCAUCUGAAAUGCAUUUACUGUAUGAAUGUCAUUAUGUAGAACUGAAAGGAUAAAAUACUGUUUAAAAUUCAUUAUGUUAUUAUGGAUUGUUAAAUAUCAAUUUAAUGCCGAUAAAUAAUUGAAAAAUUA